AUGUUUGAACAUUAGACAAUAACAAUUCGUUCAUGUUAGAGAAUAAAUCAUGACGAAUAAGCAAGGAUAUUGUUCGAUGUAUUAAAACAACGUGGAUGCCGUGAAAUAGUUUAUUUAGUGACUUCUGAAAAUAUCAUAUAUCAGCUAAAUCUUGAUGACAAUAUCUAAAAUGACAUAAUAAUGAUACCAAAUUAACAUCCUUAAAUACCUAAAAUAUAUUAAAAAGAAUAAGCAAUUGAAUAGUAAUUCCAUUAAUUAAAUAUGAUGAUAAAUGAGAAAUGUGAACCUUAUAAAGAUUCUAGGAUAGUUUCUAAAAGUAAAUAGAGUGAAAAAAAAAGUGAACAAUAACAUAAUAUAAUAGAAUAAGAUUAUGGUAAAAAUAUAAAAAAUUAAUAAAAAUAAAUACCCAAGGAAGUAGUAAAAAAUAAUCAUUUCUAUGACUAAAGAUAAUAAAUUAAGUAAAAUCAAUGCUAAAUUAAUCAAAACAAUUAGUCUUAAAAUGAUUUAUCAAAUAAUUUAGAGUAGAAAAAUUAAUUAAAAGAAUAUAAUUAAUAACAAAAAGUUGAAUAAUUAUAACAAUCAUUUGAUUCAUCUUAAUUUAAAAAUUAAAAUAUAAAUAAUGAUAAUAGUCAAUAAGAAGAAGAUAAAUAUUCAAAUAAAAGUUAAGAAAUAUUUCAAUAGUAAAAUAAACAUUAAGAUUUUCUUUAAAAAGAUGAUGAAAGACAAAAAAAAGUAUACGCAAUUAUAAAAUUAAUAAAUGCAUAAUCUUCAGAUUUAAGGAAUAUAGAUCAACAAUUUAAAAAAUACAUUUAAGAUUAUUAAGUUAAGAAUGAAUUAUUUUAAGAAUAUAACAUUAAAAAAUUAUUAAUAAAAAAAGAUUUAGAAAAAAUAUGUAAUGGUUUUAUUAAAGUUAGAGGAGAUGGAAACUGUUUUUAUACUGCUUUUGGAUUUUAAUUUUUAAAUCAUUUAUUAAUUACAUAUAAUGAUGAUGAAUUUAAUUAAUUUAUUAAUUAAAUAAAAUCUAUUGAUUUAAGAAGUAGAAUAAACAUUAAUAAUUAAUAAAUUGUUUAAUAAGAAUUAGAAAUAGAGAUUUUAAAUGAAUUCAUUUAUUAAAUUUAAUAAUUAAGAAUUAUUGAAGAUAUUUAAGAGAGAAGAAAAUAAUUGAAAUCUUAAUUUUCAUAAUAUGAACUUUAAAAUGAUGGAAAUGGAUUUUUAUAUACAUUAUCAACUAUAUUCUUUAGAAAUCUUAGUGAUUAUUUAAUUGAAAAUAAUCACAAUAUGAAACAACUUGUAGAAGAUAAACAAAAUUUAUUGAUUUGGGAAUAAGAGUGUGAUAAUAAUGAAGUUAUUAUUAAUGAAUUAGCUUAAUAUUUAAAAAUGUAUUAUAACAUUAUUAUCAUUUAGCAAUGUAAUAUUAAUAUUUUUUGAUUAAGGAAAUUAUAAAAUACGUAAAUAUCAAGAAAACAAUUAAAAUUAAAUAAUAUUGCUUAUAAGACCUGGACAUUAUAACAUUGGUAUUAAUUAGUAUUAAAACAAUGAUACUUGA